GUUCAAUCUUGUUAUAUUUUUGGAGUAGAACUAGAAACUAGUCCUAGAUCUUAGAUAAUAUCUUUUUCACAGAUGUUCCAGCUCGUAAAUUAAUCCACAUAGUAAUGCCCUCCCACUUUUCUUGAGGAUGUCACCCCUCUUAUAGAAAUCACGCAAUCUUAGGUUUUUGUUUGUUCAUUGAAACCUUCAUCAAUCCUUAGGAAGUAUCUGCAGCUCUUAUCUUUAUUUCACUUUCAAACACUUCAGUGAUGAGUUGAAUCAGAGAAACAUGGCAUUACUUCCCCAUGAUAUCAUAACUGAUAUCCUAUCAAGACUGCCUGUGAAGUCCUUGUUUUGGUUCAAAUGCGUAUCCAAGCACUGGCUGUCCAAGCACUGGCUGUCUUUAAUCGGUGAUCGUGGAUUUGCUGAAAAGCACCUUCACCGUGUGUUGGAAGAUGAAGGAAUUCAUCAGAGGCUGUUUGCUAAUACUGUUGUGCCAUCUUCUCUAGGUCUUAAUAAUGAUUUUGAAGAUGACUUGGAAUUCUUCAACAGUUUUCCAUUCUAUGGUCCAGAUGUAAACAUUGUAGGUUCAUGCAAUGGCCUUAUUUGCAUAGCUCUUGAUCUGAGCACAUUCUUCGUCUUGAAUCCUGGUACUAAAGAGUGCAGAGCAUUGCCUGAUCCUGGCUCUUACCCUGAUGGGGUAGCCUACUAUGGAUUCGGUUAUGAUGCCUCCGCAGAUGACUACAAGGUGUUAAAAGGACAUACUCGUGUUGUCGUCAAAGAAGCCGGUUAUGAACAUCAUGAAUCCAUUGUUAAGGUAUUCUCUCUGAGAACAAAUUCUUGGAGAACUAUUCAAGAUUCAUCACCUUCUUACUUGCCUUAUCCUUUACCUGGGAUCUUUGUUCAUGGUGCUCUACAUUGGUCAGCACGUCAUGGUAUUGAACCGGAUUAUAGCUUAAUAGCUUCAUUUGAUCUAGCAGCAGAGAAAUUCAAAGAAGUACCAGAACCCAAAGGCGAAGAUCGCCAAUCUUUCUUUACAUUAGGAGUCUUAAGAGGAUGUCUUUCUUAUGUUAAGACAUAUGUUGAAGGCAACAUUAGUGCAAUAUAUAUGAUGAACAAGUAUAAUGUGAUGGAUUCCUGGACUAAGGAGUUUCGUUUUGCUUCACCUUCAGCAACAGCAUUAUCUCCUGAGCUGUUGCCAUUGUGUUACACAAAAGAUGGAGUGAUUGCAAUGAUGAAUUCCUCCAAAGAGUUGCUCCUUUGUUCUCCCAAGAGCCAAAUGCUUAAUGUAAUGGAGAUAACAGCAGGGCAUCAUAAUUUUCAAAUGAUUGCAUACUUGGAGACUUUAGUUUCACCCUACUGUAGUAAUAACAAUAAUGCACAAAAACAGGAAGUGGGUGAUGUUGCAGGUGAGGAGGCAGCACAAGAUGAUGGAGUGGUACUAGAAAUACCUGGUGUAAUAGCUCAAAUAGAUGAUCUUGCUCUUUAUCUUCCAUUUGUUGUUUUGUUAGAUUGAUUUCUAUAUUGACUGUGUAUUGAGAUUAUGUUGGAUAUUUUGGAUAUCAUAUCAAUAAGAGGUCUAAAUAUCAAAAGUUGUGAACA